AUGUCUGAAAGACCCAACUUCCUCUUUGUCCUCACCUCUCAGGCCAUCUUGCCUAGUCGAGGGACCCCUACUGGCUGGUACCUGCCAGAGCUUGUCCAUCCUUACAACAAGUUGGCGCCGCAUUUCAACAUCGUCGUUGCCUCUCCCGCUGGUGGGGAGGCACCAUUGAAUCCUUACUCCAUUGAAUCCACCAAAGAUGACCCCGCGUGCGUAGCAUUCUUGAGGGAAAAUAAGAAUGUCUGGGCAGAAACAGUGAAAUUGUCUUCGUUGCUCGGAAGAUCGGCUGAAUUUGCCGGAAUCUUUUACGUUGGUGGACAUGGCCCAAUGUUUGACCUUGCAAAUGACUCCAAUUCCCAGUCUUUGAUUCGUGAAUUCUACGAGUCUGGCAAAGUUGUCUCCGCCUUAUGCCAUGGCCCAGCUGCUCUUGUGAAUGUCAAGCUGUCCGAUGGGACAUAUCUCGUUUCUGACCAGGUGGUUACUGGUCUCUCCGAUGCAGAGGAAGAAGCUAUGCAAUUCACCAAAGACAUGCCAUUCCUUUUGGAAACCGAGCUGCGGAACCGUGGAGGAAAGUAUGAGAGUGCCGAUGGCUUAUUCGGUGUGAAGGUGGUCGUUAGCGGCAAAGGUGGGAAGUUGGUAACUGGUCAAAACCCACCGAGUGGGGCUGUAAUUGGCGACACCUUGCUCAAAGUUCUUUUGUAA